AGAUAAAACUCGACGCCGUGGACGCCGCCAUCUUUAUCUUGCUUGUUGAGAUUUUGGGCGCAAUAAGGCCCACUCAGUUUCAUUUGUUUUGGGCGAGGCUACGGAUUUUCCCUACGCUAUUCAGGGAUCAGUUGAAUCAAAGAUAAGAGGGCUCAUUUGAAGCUGCUGAGCCCUGCACUUCCUAAUUUUUCUUGAAAAGGGGCAGUUUUCCAUCCCCGGCGGUGCGCCAGAUUCGUAGCGUGUGGUUUUAUGUAAAUUUUGCGGCCAAGAGGAAGGAUUAGUUUGAUUAGAGUCGAAAGUGAUCUCACAUUUCUUUUGGUCUUUCAAUAGAACUUCAUUCACCUACUCCUUAGUCAUGUCUGGCCGCAAUGAGUGUCGCAUCUAUGUUGGGAAUCUUCCUCCUGAUAUCCGCACCAAAGAUAUUGAGGACCUGUUCUACAAGUUUGGCAAAAUCGUAUUCAUUGAUCUGAAGAACCGGAAAGGACCCCCUUUUGCAUUUGUCGAGUUUGAAGAUCCAAGGGACGCCGAUGACGCCGUGUACGCCCGCGACGGGUACGACUACGACGGCUACCGGCUGCGUGUGGAGUUUCCGCGCGGCGGCGGCCCGGGCCGCGGCGGCAUGAUGGGCGGCCGAGGCAUGAUGGGCGCCGGGCCGGGCCGGGGCCGCGGCCCGCCGGCGCGCCGCUCCCAGUACCGCGUGCUGGUCACCGGACUGCCGCCCACCGGCAGCUGGCAGGACCUCAAGGACCACAUGCGCGAGGCCGGAGACGUCUGCUUCGCCGACUCCUACAAGGACGGCACCGGCACCGUCGAGUUCCUCCGAUACGAGGACAUGAAGUACGCCGUCAAAAAGCUGGACGAUUCAAAGUUCCGCUCACAUGAGGGUGAGGUGUCGUACGUGCGUGUCAAGGAAGACACGGGCGCCAGCAGCAGCGGCGGCGGCGGCGGCGGCGGCGCGCGCCGCUCCCGCUCGCGCUCGUACUCGCCGCGCCGCCGCAGCUCGCCCACCUACUCGCCGGUGAAGCGCUCCUACUCGCGCUCCCGCUCCCGCUCCGUCUCGCGUGAGCGCUACUGAGCAGAGCCGACUGGCCGAGGAGGGGCGGCGGCCGCGCACCGGCGGCCUGAAGACGCAGACUGGGGACCCGCGACGCCCGGAGCUCACAGCCCAAGGUUCAUAAGCCUCUGACCUUUCGCUGUCUAGCCUGUGUGUGUUUGUGGACAUUCGGGGGAGGCGCGAGUAGUGCUCGCCCUCGGCAUUUUAAGUUCAUUCACCAUUUGUAUGUGGGGUUGGUUCAUAAACGGUCUUAAAUGUAAUUGGAUGUUUCAAUUUAAACACAAGCGGUAAACAUGUUCGAUGUCAUUGUUUUGUACGUAUGUCUGUGCGGCGUCUAACACUCUUUCCUGCAUUUGUUUUUAUAGAAUCAAGGAUGCAUUGGAUAGCCCCAGGAUUGGAUUUGGAUGCAUUGGAUAGCACACAGACACACGCGGAAAUGGAUUUCAUGGCCGGGAUAUCACUCUGGAUCGGAUGUGAAGGGGAUGUGUGGCACUGGAUAGGAUGGUCACGGAUCAGGAUCACGGAAUCAUGGAUCACGGAAUCAUGGAUGGAUCAGGACAGGACAGGACAGGACCCCGCUGCACGCUGGAGCGCCACACUCGGACCCGGCUCGCUCGGACGGACCCAUGCCGGUAACGUGCCAACCCCGGGACAUCCCGCUUCCUGACCCCCUCAGCUGCUGCUCAGACUGACGUAAAGUCAUGUAUUCAGAGAUGAAAACGUCCUACUGCACAAAUUCUCUUCAUAUUUGAAUCGCCCCCGUCUUUAUCCGCGCUUUCACUUGUCCGCCAGGGUGGUAAUGCUAAAGGUAUCGAUUUGCCAUUUCCACUUGCCAAAUACGUCCUUUUCUUUCGAAUGCGCUCUUAGCGAUGUUUAUCAUUUGCCUCACGACUUAAUCUCUGAACUGGACAGAAUAAGCCUUCCCUGACGCACAGACGAACCUCUCCCCCUGUCUCACGAUUCCGUGCAUCACGCUCUGUUAACGUAAGGAAUCGCUGGGUGCUAAGUCUUGCUCUUGUGCUCGUGUUCGCACUGACUGCCUUUUUCAGCUCCUUCGGAUACAGCAGCAGCAGCAGCAGCAGCAGUGCGUCGCUGCUGCAGUUUCGGCGGGCCACAGGGCCAGGCCUCAUUCUGGUAAUGGCCAAUAAACUUACAUGCUUC